CCGCUGUUUCCCUGCUCACGUAACGGUGCCGCGUUUCACGUGAAUGUGAAUUGGUGUGGUUGGUGGUGGUGGUGGGGGGUGAGAACCACAACCGCCACGAACCAAGCAGCACAACCACCACCACCAACCACCACCACCAACAACACCAACACAACCUCCACCACUACCUCGACAACAUCGAUGUAAGCCUCAAGUGUGACCACGCCAUGGCUGACGGGCCCAGGUGCAAGCGCAGGAAACAGUCCAACCCCAGGCGAAAUAACGCGCUCCCGGUGCGGCUGUCCACCGUGGGUGCGGCCGAGGCCUCCGACUCGGACGAUGAGGACCGGCUGCUCAUCGCCGAGGACGAGCCGUCGCCGCCGGCAACGCCGUCCGGGGGCGACGGCGCCGCCAGCGCCGACGAUGGGGACGGCGUGACGCACGGAGACAAGGACGCGGAGGCUGGAGGCGCUGCCUCGCUCUCCGACGACGCCAGUGGCACGGACGGCAAGGCGCAAGCCGGCGGGAGGGAGGAGGAUUCUGCGGCGACGGCGACGGCGGCGGCGGCGGCGGCGGCGGCGGCUGGGCCCCUAGGCGGGCGGCCCGGUGAGGACGGCCUCUCGGAGCUGCUGGGCCGCAGCGACACGGCCGUCGUGUACCCCGAGGACCCCGAGGACACGCCGCCCCGGCGUGGCACGGCCGCCGCCACCGCCGCCGCCGUGCAGCAGAGGCAGAACGGCCUGGUGACGGAGCUGGGCGAGGGCUUCCCGCGGCUGCUGCCAUGCCCGUACUGCGAGCGUGGCUACAAGCGUCUGGCGUCGCUCAAGGACCACAUCCGGCACCGGCACCACGGCGGCGACGACGACGACGACGACGACGUCGGCGGCUUCGCCUGCUCGCAGUGCUCAUCGGCGUUCCCCACGCGCGGCCAGCUGGAGCGCCACUCGGCCUCGCACCGCGCCGCCCCGCCCUCGCAGAAGCAGAGUGGCAGCCGCAAGUUCAGCUGCACGGAGUGCGGCAAGGCCUUCAAGUACAAGCACCACCUCAAGGAACACUUCCGCAUCCACAGCGGCGAGAAGCCCUACGAAUGUCCUCACUGCAAGAAGCGAUUCUCCCACUCCGGCUCCUACAGCUCCCACAUCAGCAGCAUGAAGUGCGUCGGGCAGACCGUGCCAAACGGUCGCUCCCGCACCGACACCGCCGCCGCUGCCGUCACCGCCGCCGCCACCACCACCACCACCGCCAUCUCGACCACCGCCUGCAGCGUCGCCGACGACGACGGCGCCGCCGCCGCCGCCGCCGCCGCCGCCCUCGUCCAAGUUGCUCACAACGGCGUCGCGCCAGCGCCCGUCGGUUCAGCACCCGCCAUCGCCCCCGUCGUGUCCGCGCUGCCGCCCAAACCUCUAGCCGGCGCCGGCAACGCGACGUCGGCGCCGCCGCCGCCGCCGCCGCCGCUUCUCAAAUCGCCGCCGCCCAAGACCCAGCCACCCCAGGCGCCGCCGGCGCCGCAGCCGCCGGGCCUGCGCCUGGUGUGGCCGGCGCCCGGCGGCGGCGCGGCGGGGCCGCCCGGCGCGUUCUGCCGGCAGAUGGCGCCGAUAACCGUCUCGGUGGCGUCGGUGGUGUCGGCCCCUUCGGUGGGAAAUCGAUUUCCUCCGCCGGUGCUGGCGCUGCCGGCGCCGCUACCCAUAAUGUCGCGCGCCCCCACGCUGCCCCCGCUGCCCUCGGUGUCGCAGCCGAUUCAGCAGCAGCAGCAGCAGCAGCAGCAGGUGUCCACCAUCAGCAUCCAGGCGCUGCCCAUGAGCGCGGCGGGCGCCAGUUUGAGUUCGCCGCACCCCGUCACCGUCACCACCCACACCAUCCCGAUGCACCCUCACUCCCAGCUCACGUUCUCACUGCCCAUCAAGUUCCAGGACGUGCCCGGCAGCGGCGGCGGCGGCGGCGGCGGCGGCAAGCUCCUCCCCGAGGUGCUGAAGCUCGACGGCUGCCUGCUGCUGCCGCAGGACGUGGUGGGCAACCUCGUCGGCCUGCCCGGGCCCUUCCUCGCCGGCGCCACCGCCAUGCAGGUGCCGCAGGGCGUGCUCGUCGACCCGGGCCUGCUGGGCCUGCGCGGGCUGUUCGGGCGUGAGUUCGACGGCACCCACGAGGUCGUCAGGAUGGUGUCGCUCCCGCAGCAGCAGCAGCAGCAGCAGCAGCUGGCGCCGCCGCCGCCGCCGCCGCUGCAGCCGCGACCGGCGCCGUUCCUGCCGCUCGACGACGUCGCUCUGCAGGUGCUGGCGGCGCCCGUUCCACGGCCGGCGCCGGGAGGUGGCUCCGCCGGCGUGCUCCCGGGGCUCCGGCACGGUCCGGGCGAGGAGGAGACGGCGGCGCCGCCGCCGCCGCCUCCGCCGCCGCUGGUGCUCAAGCCGGACUCGGAUCCGGAACGGCGCUCGAAGAGCGGCGCCGGCGACUCGCCCGGCCGGCCGAGGACUAAGGACGCCGGUACCGGGGGCGCGGCGCCGGUACCGGCAGCUGCGCCGGCCGAGCGGGAGGGCGGCCCCGACCGCAGCAUCUCGGACCUGGUGGGCCUCAUCAGGGACCUGCUGGCGGUGCUGAAGGCGCUCAACUCGAAGCUGAGCGGCGAGGACGUGUCCAAGCUGGUGCCGUUCCCCGCGCACUUCCUCAACAACGGCGGCGGCAACGGCGGCACCGGCUGGACGGAGGUGCACAAGCUGUCGAGCUUCAUCGCGCGGCUGCUGGAGCAGGUGCGCGCCGACUCGGCCGGCGAGCCCGCCGGCGCCGUGCCGGCGGGCUGCUGCUGCGAGGCCUCGGUCCGCGCCAGCGCCGGCAGCUGCGCCAUCGAGGGCUGCGCCAAGCCCGUGGCGCCGGCGCAGCCCGAGCGGCGAGACGGCUUCAAGAGGCUCCUGGCGGAACUGGACGCGGCGGGCGCCGUCGUCGUCGGCGAAGGAGACGGCGCCGGCGGCGACGCGGGCGAGCAGCCGCUGGACCUCACCGUGCCGCGCGUCAAGCGGAUGAAGUUGGAGCCGGAGUUACCGCAGGACGGCGGCGGCGGCGGCGGCGGCGACGGUCGCGCCGACGACGAGGAGACGGCACCCGACGACGGCGAAACAGCCGGUGGCGGCGGCGCCGUCGACCGGAGCUGCGCGGCGCAGGCGGAGGAGCUUGCCGACCCCGACGAUUUGGCGGCGGCGCCGCCGAACGCCGGCCGGCCGGCCGCGGCGGCGGCACCGCCGCCGCCCGCUCCCGCCGCCGGCGCCGUGGUGUCGAUCGCCGAACCGACGGGCUUCAACCUCACGCUGCUGGAGUCGGCGCCGCUCAUCGUGACGUUCCUGCCGGGGCCGGCCGGCUUCGUGGAGGGCAUCCCCAUGCAGGCGACGGCGCUGUCGCGGCCCGGCAUGCCGCAGGGCGUGACGACGGUGACCUACAGCUGCGCCCCGGCGCUCGCCGCCAGCGGCCGGCCCGCGACGGAAUCGGCAGGAUUUGACGCCGAGGAUGGCGCGGCCUCCGGACCGGACGAGCUCACGGAUUCGGAUUCGGGCGGUGGAACUCGCCUGCUGGGGCGACUGGGCGCCCUCGGAGCGGGAAGCAUCGGCGGCGGCGGGGCCCUGCCGCUGGCGGGCGCCGCGGGGGGCGCCGUGGUGGGGGGCCUGGUGGGGGGCCUGGUGGGGGGCGUGGCGGGGGGCCUGGCGGGGGGCGAGGCGCACGGAUUCCCGUGCGAUCUGUGCGACAAAACCUUCCAGAAGAGCAGCUCGCUGCUGAGACACAAGUACGAGCACACAGGUAAGCGGCCGCACGAGUGCCAGGUGUGCGCCAAGGCCUUCAAGCACAAGCACCACCUGAUCGAGCACUCGCGGCUGCACUCGGGUGAGAAGCCGUACCGCUGCGACCGCUGCGGCAAGCGCUUCUCGCACUCGGGCUCCUACUCGCAGCACAUGAACCACCGCUACUCCUACUGCAACCGCGACGGCGGCGGCGGCGGCGGCGGCGGUGCCGACGGCCUCGCCGCCGCGGGCGCCGUGGCCGCCGGCGACGCCGGCGACGCCGGCGUCGCCGUGGGGACGCCCCAGAGUCUCGCCGCGCCCGGCGACGUCGCCGUGAUGCUUCUGCACAACGGGGCCGGCCUGGGUAACGAGGUGGAUGAUGAAGAGGACGUGGAGGUGAAGAGCGAAGAGGUGGUGAGAGAUGAGGUGAGCGGGGAGGCGAGCGGUCGGGUCGAGCCAUCAUCGUGGGCGACGGUGGAGGGAGGAGCCGUGGUGCCCUGGAUGGGGGAGGGCGCCUGGAACGGCGGACAGGGAGAGGCAGCGGCUGGUGAGGCUUAUGGCGGAGGAGGGGAAAGAGGAGACGGAGGAGGUGGAAGAGGUGGAGACGGAGGAGGUGUGCGGGGAGAAGCGUCGCUGGAACUGGGAGAGGAGGAACGCGCAUUUGGAGUGGAGCGGGGACUGCGGCGGGCACAGGGAGUUGGGGAUGAACGGGAAGUCGAUGGGGGAGUGGAGGGGGCGGACCUCUUGGAGGAACCCAAAGAGCUGGGAGAGGAGGAGGAGGAGGGGGAGGAGGGGGAGCAGCUGGGACGAGCGGCAGCGGCAGGAGCAGCGGCGGCGGAGGAGGUGGAGGAGUUCCCGCGGGAGGAUCACCCUCCGACCGACGACGGCGUGAUGGUGACGAUCGUUCCGGACGAGCCGGGAGAAGAGCUCGGCGCCAUCGUCGCCCGCGGCGGCGACGCCGCGGGCGACGCCACGCCGGCCGACGACGACGCCGACUUCAUCAAGCUCCUCCUCACUGCCGCGGCCGCCACCACCGCCUCGGAGCACCCGGCCAUCCGGGGGGAGCACCAUGACGAGGAGGAGGAGGAGGAGGAGGGUGUUCUCGUAGUCAUCGAAGAGGAGGAGGCGGAGGAACUGGAAGAGGCGAUCCAUGCGGGUGGAGACCCGGGGAGCCCGCCGAUCUCCCACGAGGAGGAGGAGCGGGAGGGGCAGAUGGAGGAGCAGAAGGAGGAGGGACGCGGUGGUCACAACCACGGCCGUGGCCACGUGGGCACCACCGGAGCGAGAGGGCCUCCGACAGGCGAAGCGCCGAUCGCCGUGGUGGUGGUGGUGGUCACCGACACCCCCGGGGACCCCACGGACGAUCCUUGA